UGGACCGAUGCUGAUCAAGCAGAUUGGGAAGCAGGAUUAGCACGGGUAACUGCGAGUGCAGGAUUGCCACUGCGAUGGGUUGAAAAUCCAGAGUGGUUGAGACUUUGUGAUAGGUUUAUUCCUCGAGCGAAAGCACCGUCAGCGAAGGUUCUUACGAAACGUGUCAUGCCUCAAGUCCUUCGUGGUAUCAAAGCCACUGCGAAAGAAGAAUGUCGUGGUGCCGUUGGAACGCUGCAAUGUGAUGGCUGGACUGGUGAGAAUAGCCACCAUUUGCUUGGUUUCAUGAUGACCGUAAAACGAAAGCUGCGUGCCGUCCGUGUUCACGAUGCAUCUGGUGACUCGCGCAAUGCUGAAGAACUCCUGAAGCAAAUUAUCGAAUCAAUCAAUCAAGUUGAGAGCGAGUGGGGAGUAAUUAUCAUUGCAUGUACUACUGAUGCAUCUGGAGAG